AUGCAGGUACCUCAACCAGAAUUCUCUUUCUGGGUCACUUCCCAAUGCGUUGUCUGCAAUGACAACGUUGGUGGAGAUGUAAGUCACUCAAUUAUGUCUGUGGCCAACAACCGCCUCUCAGGCACCAUUCCUUUUGGCUUGAGCACGCUCACCAAUCUCAACACUUUUGACCUGAGCAACAACCUUCUGCAUGGGACCAUCCCCACUCAGCUCACCGGCCUUGUCCGCCUCACUCUCCUGUACCUCAAUGGAAAUUCCCUUUCUGGGUCUCUUCCCAACGCCCUCUCUGCAAUGACGGGCCUCCAGGCAGUGUGA